GGACGGUAUAUUUUAACGAUAAAUCCGCGGUCACACUGUAAUUCAUUCCUUAAUUGCGCUUUGGUCUCAAUUUUUUGGCAAUUGCAAUUCCAGACACCGUCAAACAGCAAUCUCAUAGCUCUCGGCGAUACUUCUGGGGGAACGAAACAAACAAGUUGGACGUGCAGUUUUCUCGACAAAGCCACACAACAGCAAAAUGAAUCGGCAGGCAAAAUUCCUUAUCUUGUGCCUAUUUGUUGGCCUGUUCUCCUGCAACUUGUGCGAUGAUGCUACACCUACUGGACCGGUGGCCACAACCACAGCUGGGCCGGGUGAUGUUACUACCGUUCCUGUGCCAGAUGAUAAGAAUACGACCACAGCUCCUACAACAACGACUACGACAACCGAGAAGACUACUGUACCAACAACCACCACGUCCACUACGGAGAAAACUACUACGCCCACCACUCCGCCUACAACUACAACUACAACAACAGCAGCGCCUAACACCACCACCACUUCGAGCACAACCACUACAACAACGCCAUCAACAACAACCACUUCGUCUACAACUCCGUCACCCAACUCGACAACAACUGCGGCCCCAAAUACAUCGACCACACCCGCUCCAACGCCAACGCCAUCGCCAUGCCAUGGUUUCAACGGAUCCUCUUUCAUUGGUGGCAUUGUGCUGACCCUGGGUUUGCUGGCCAUCGGUUUGGUGGCCUACAAGUUCUACAAGGCUCGGAACGAGCGUAAUUACCACACUCUUUGAGCCGCCACAGCGUUUACGUCGGCAUUUAAUGCGGCCGGAGCCGGAGCGGCGGCAAGCAGCAACAACACCGCCACGGAUGCCGAACGUGUGCGAUUUGUUCAGCCAUCAAUACCAUUGCGAUCGCCACCAGCACAGCCGCCACCUCCUCCACCAACCGGAGCCAUCGGCGGUGCGGCAUCAGCCACGCAUUCAACUCCCCAAAAUUGCUCGCCUUCGGCCAGAGAUCGACUGCUGCAUACGUAAUUUACUCUCGGGGUAUAUAUUAUUACAAUAUUAUUGCUAUCCAAAGAAGUCCCUACGCCCCAACUUCACCUACUCCAAACAGUCGUAUCUAUCACAACCGACACACUCACGGUCCUUGUCUUGUCCCUUGACAUUCAGCUUUUUUGGUUCUUAAUGUGAAUUCUUUCCUUAUCAGCUAUACAGAAUAUUAUAAAUACAAUAUUUUUCUUGAAUGAUUCACAAAAGUUUUGCAAAACUCAGUUUAUCAGCAAACUGAGCGGAUGUUCCAACGCCUUAUUAAAGAGCCUUUCAUGUUGGAUAAAAUA